AAAAGCAAUGGAACUCGCUUCCUGUUUCUAGAGAGCUCUAUUCUGUUAUUUUUCAGACAAAUUUCUUUAACUGCCUACACAGUUCUGGAAGAAACCAGAGAACCCUGGUGAUCAACCUAACAGCCCUGAGUAAGUUCCUAUAAAUACCUCCUGAUCCUAUCUCGUAAGGCAACAUUCAAGUAUCAAAAGCAUAAGCAGCAACUACUAGCAAUCAAGGUUUUCUACAAGAUCAGCAAAUGUCGAUCAUUCCAAGCUUUUUUGGAGGCCGAAGAAGCAACGUGUUCGACCCAUUCUCUCUUGAUGUAUGGGAUCCUUUCAAAGACUUUCCACUUGUUGCCUCCUCUGGCUCUGAGUUCGGUAAAGAGACCACAGCGUUUGCUAAUACGCACAUUGACUGGAAGGAGACUCCGGAGGCUCAUGUCUUCAAGGCCGAUCUUCCAGGGCUGAAGAAAGAAGAGGUGAAGGUAGAGGUUGAAGAAGGAAAGGUUCUUCAGAUCAGCGGAGAACGGAGCAAAGAGAAGGAGGAGAAGAAUGACAAGUGGCACCGCGUGGAACGCAGCAGUGGCAAGUUUCUGAGGAGGUUCAGGCUUCCAGAGAAUGCAAAGGUGGAUGAGGUGAAAGCUAAUAUGGAGAAUGGGGUGUUAACUGUGACUGUCCCAAAGGUGGAGAUGAAGAAGCCCGAGGUCAAGGCCAUUGAUAUCUCUGGUUAAACACUUAAACUACAGAUCAAAUUCUGUGUAUCUUGUUUGUCAUAAUGGUCAAUAAAGCUUUGUAAUGGAGUCUGUUGUCUGUGUGUUUCUGAGAGUUUCAUGUAAACAUCAACAAUUGCAUUGUACUCUUAUAAAUUUUCAUCUUUCUGUAUUGAUUGACGAACAUCAAUACUAAAAUCAAUUACAUUCUUGCAA